GGCAGUGAAUAGCCACAGCCCAGUGCACCCUGGCCAUGCCCCAUACUGGGGGGUGGGUUCUUGGGGGGCUGUUUCCUGUUCCUCAGUGGCCUGAGCCUCAGGCCUCUAUUCUCCCUCCUCUUGGGACCUGUCCUGCCCUCUCUGCCCACCCCCCGAGGAGGCCGUGGGGGGGUCCAUGGCCCCAGAGAGCCGCCCAGGCCUCUUGGCUUCAGCUUGCGACUCGAGCUCAGCUGCUGCCCUCGGUCUGGCAGCGGGACAGGCAGAGCGCCAGCCCCCCGCCCGGCAGCGUCCUUGUAAGGCCGGGACAGAGGGCGACGGGCUGGGGGGCAGGCGAGAAGGAGGCAGGCGACAAGAGGAGAGGAGAGCGCGGCCCAGGCCCAGGACGAUGCAGGCCCUUCUGACCGCCCGCGUGGGAUCCCUCCGCUCCUUCGCCACCUCCACCCGCCACCAGGUGAAAAACAAAGUCCUUGAACAUCAGAAGCUCUUUCAGGCGGAUAACGGCCUGCCCGUGCAUCUGAAAGGGGGCAUGGUGGAUGGCUUGCUGUAUCGACUCACUAUGACCAUCACUGUCUUUGGCUGCUGUUACUCAGUCUUCUCGCUGGUCAGAGCUGCUUUCCCUCAGAAGAACAAAUGAGAUGGCAGCCUGUAAUAGCUGGUUCCCCUGCCCCACUGGGGCCGGUUUGGGGCUGGAAGCAGAGAGCCAUGUACUUUAAGAAAACCCCAAUCCUCAGAAAUCAAUAAAAAGCACCUUUAAAAACUG